AUGUCGACAACAGUAACAGAAACGGCUCCGGAGAGCUACAAGCUCGAGCUGAUGUCGGCCUACGGCCCCGUCUACCGCGACGUCCUCCGCGCCCCGCCCCGCGACUGCGACGCCUCCGAGGUCCCCGUCAUCGACCUCUCCGGCAUCCGCGGCGCCGAAGCGGACCGCCGCGCCCUGGCCGCCACCAUCCGCGACGCGGCCGAGAACACGGGUUUCUUCUACAUCAAGAACCACGGCAUCCCCCGCGAAACCAUCGACGCCGCCUUCAAGCAGGCGCAGGCCUUCUUCUCCCAGCCCGCCGAGGACAAGGCCCUGGUCUCGCAGAAGAAGUCCAAAUUCUUCAACGGCUGGACCGAGAAGCGAGCCGCGCAGAUCUCGCCGACGGAGACCAAGGACCACCGCGAGGGGUUCAGCUUCCGGUACGACCCGGCCCACGACCCCGAGGCCAAGGACCCGGGCGCGGUGCCGGAGGAGGUGAAGCCGUGGAUGAAGCACGAGGACUUCGUGUGGGAGGGCACGCGGCACCUGCCGGGUUUCAAGGACGACAUGGUGACGUACUGGCAGAGCUGUCUCACGCUGGCGAGGAGCAUGAUCCGCAUCUUCGCGUUGGCUCUGGAUGUUCCCGAGGACUACUUCGACGAUGUGAUCACGUACCCUGGGAGCGACAGCGUGUGCAACUUCUACCCCAAGAACACGGAGCCGCAGGAUGCCGUUAUCGACGUCGGCCUUGGCGCGCACACCGAUCUGCAGUGCUUCACGCUGUUGUGGCAAGACAGCGUCGGCGGGCUGCAGGUUUUGACCAAGAACGGUCAGUGGAUCAAGGUGCCGCCUGUCCCUGAUACCUUCGUCAUCAACAUCGGAGACUUCUUGCAGAGGUUGUCAAACGACCGAUUCAAGUCCACGGUGCACCGCGUCUUCAACUACGCCCCGCAGGAUCGGUACUCGAUGCCGUUCUUCUUUGGCUUCAAUCACAACGAGCAGUGUGCAGUCCUCUCCACUUGCGCGGACGAAAAGAACCCGCCCAAGUAUGAGCCCAUCUCCUGUGGCGAGGUAAGUCGAAGUCUCGACGAGCCGCAGAUGACUACUAACAUUGAUACAGUGGUGCCGUUUGAGAUUUGA